UUUUAAUCGUUAAUUUUCGUUAGGGACAAGACAUGAAGAUGGAAAACAAGCUAACGGCACAUUAAGGAAUCUACCUCCUCCGAAAAAGAAGACAGAAUCGUUAGAUGGAACAUCAUCUAUUCUGCCUAUAACGCAGGAACCAUCUACCAAAUUAGCUCGAGCCGGUUUGGUAAUAAGAACACUUAUUAUCCAUCAUUCUCCUCAGUUAAUUCGCGAUAGGAAAUAUCAUUUGAGAAAUUUUCGACGUUGUUUAGUGGGUACAGAAAUGGUUGAUUGGUUAAUGCAACAGGGUAGUUCUCAUGUUCGAAUCCAUUCCCGUUCACAAGCAGUUGGUAUGUGGCAAGCACUGUUAGAAGAAGGCGUUAUAUCGCAUGUAACUCACGAACAUCAAUUCAAAGACAAAUAUUUAUUUUAUCGUUUUCGUGAAGACCAAGACGGGGUCACUUCUACACCAACAAUGGAGGAUAAACUGCAAGCAGAAAGUGAACUACAAGAUGUUUUAACUUUAUUGCUUCAACUAUCCCCAGAUGCAGUUUUCAGAACAAUUUUAAGGAAACCGUAAGCGAAAUUUAUUAGUAUUCUUUUCAUUUCUUAAACAAUGUUCAAUAUAAAAUUGCACAUACCACUUCUAGAAUGUUAAACAUUAUCCAUUUACUGUGUCCAUUAAGUUGUUAAGUGACUCUUAACAAUAAUAGAGAAUAUUAAGCUGUUAGUGAGGAAA